AGCAAGAAAGCCGAGCCUGGGAAGGAGGAAAUGCACCAAUGGGAGGCUCCCCCCGGGCACACAACUGUCUGAGCCGCCAGGAAAGCGAGCCCUUUCCGUGGGAGCGGGACUGGGGGAACAGGUCGCUGCCCUGAGCUGGCUGCUCCAUGCCCCCGAGGAGUUAACCCAUGGACGGGAGGAUGAAAGGGUACUUGGACCAGCAAGUGCCUUACACUUUCACACACCUGGUUUGUCCUUUUCUUCAGAAACCGCCCGGAAAUGGGACCCUGAGCAGCCGAGCUCUGAUGGGCGCCAGGAGACCCAUGGACCCAGGCUUAGCACCCCCUCAGGACUCGGAAGACCUCUUCCAGGAUUUGAGCCAGUUUCAGGAGACUUGGCUGACAGAAGCUCAGGUUCCAGACAGCGAUGAGCAAUUUGUGCCUGACUUUCAUUCAGAAAACUUAGCUUUUCACAGCCCUCCUGCUAAAGUUAAGAAGGAGCCACAGAGUCCCUGUUCUGACCCAGCACUGUCCUGCAGCCAUAAGCAGCCAUUUCGGUACCGCAAUGGCGAGCAAUGCCUUUACACCAGUGCCUAUGACCAAACCAGACAAGUUGGACUCAAGUCCCCAAACCCAGGAACCCCGAUACAGUCACCGCUUCAACAUUUCCCUAGGCAGGACAGGAGCUUCCUGAGCCCUCGGGGGCCGUCCCAACCCACAUCCAGCCGUGGAUACCUCAUGGAACACAGCUCUGUCUACCAGCCGCCUACGGAGAUGUGCCGUUCCUUCCCCUCCUCUCAGGGCAUGGGCCGAGAAGCUCCAGUUGCCUACCAGCGACAGAUGUCCGAGCCCUGCCUACAGUACCAUCCGCAGGGCUUUAAACAGGAGUACCACGACCCGAUGUAUGAGCAGGCAAGCCAGCUGGGGGGCAGCAGUGACCACCGGUACCCAGCGGGAGUGGUGAUCAAGCAGGAGCAGACAGACUAUGCCUAUGACUCAGAUGUUCCUGGCUGUCCUUCCAUGUACAUGAAUGCUGAGGGGUAUCAAAGCCAUUCAAAUACCGAAGGGACAUUAGGCUAUGGCUACAACAAGCAGAUGAGGCCAUUUGCUGAUGAUGUCUGUGUCGUCCCGGAGAAGUUUGAAGCAGGAGACAUCAAGCAGGAAGUGGGCGGGUACCGGGAAGGACCCCCGUACCAACGCCGAGGGUCUCUUCAGCUCUGGCAGUUCCUGGUGGCUUUGCUGGAUGAUCCCACCAAUUCCCACUUCAUCGCCUGGACCGGCAGAGGAAUGGAGUUCAAACUCAUUGAGCCUGAGGAGGUGGCCAGGCUGUGGGGUAUCCAAAAGAACCGGCCGGCCAUGAACUACGACAAGCUGAGCCGGUCCCUUCGCUAUUAUUAUGAGAAAGGCAUCAUGCAGAAGGUUGCUGGAGAGCGCUAUGUGUACAAGUUUGUGUGUGAGCCUGAAGCCCUUUUCUCCCUGGCCUUCCCUGACAAUCAGCGGCCAACCCUGAAAGCAGAGUUUGACCGGCAGAUCAGCGAGGAAGACACUGUUCCUCUCUCCCAUCUGGACGAGAACACGGCUUACAUCCAGGACCUUGGGAGCCUCCCUUCCCAGCCUUACAGCAAGAGCUACCCCUAUUAAUUCCACCAGGAGCCCGCUGCACAGCCAUUGUGUUUGUAUCUAUGGAGAUGUUUGUUAGUAAUCGAUCUGCAUAGGAGCUUUCCUGGGCCAGCUUGGGCUCCACUAGACUCUUUGAAUAGCUGCCUUUGAAACAGGCAGUGGUGAUGCAAGCCCAUCCUUGGACAGCCAGCCAGCAACUGAGGCUCUGAAAGACAUUGGCUGCACCUCAUUCACCCAGGAUGUGGGCCCAGACUUGGUGCAAUGGAACCGACUCUCUCACCAGUACAGAAACCUCUCAGUGCCGCCUCCAGUCAGUUAAAUGUGUGAUCGUGUCACAUCCCCAGCAUCGAUCCUGUCUCUGGCCUUUGCCUCCCGCCGAGCGGGGUGGGGAGGAAAUGGGAGCCUGUUGGGCUCUCUCCUCUGAUUUUAUGAUUCUAUGAAACUGCAGUUAAUUCCCAUGCUUCCCCAGACACACACACUCCUACAAAGCAGCCCCCAGACACCCAACCUUCCUACAAGCACUGUUCUUACCCACACUACUUCUUACGUGCUGGGGACAGGCCUGUCCCCGGAAGGGCAGCAGGGAGCUGAAGGUUUCAGCUCACACUUGUUCCAUACAAACUGCUUGGCGGGAAUGGGGAACAUUUCUUCCCUUGGAUGCAUUUGCUCCUGUCUUGGUGCCUCCUUGCUCAGGAUGCUUCAUCUCUGGGCUGUUGAGUGUCAUACUGGCAACGAUAGGAAGGGGACCAGCUGCUACCAGCCAAUGCUGGCGUGGUUCUGGUCUCCUUGACAGGAAAUGUCACCGUGGGUGAGCCAUGGAGCCCCUGGACUCCACUGGCCUGGAGUCUGGCUCUGAGCCAGAGGAACCCUGCAGAUAACUGGGAAUUUGAGGAUAGAGAGUAAAGCCUGAGAUGGAGUCCGAGGAAAGGGAUGCUGGUGCCCAUGGGCUCCAAUGCCCAAGCCAGUGGCUGGGCUGCUGAUUGCUCCGGACUGAGCAGGGGCUACCUACAGCAGCCAGGCUCUUCAAAACUGAAGCGCUUCCACCAAAAACAUCCUCAGCAAUUUUGAGAGACCCAUUAGUGCUGGUCAGACCUGCUGUUCCUGGGCCUGUGGGUAAACCCUGGAGGUUAGAAAAUAACCUCAGCCUCUGGAUGUGAGGCAUUCGCUUUGUAAAAAAGCCACACUCUCCUUGUUCAUCUGUAGCUGGCCUUCCCAGAUGGGCCUGGGCGGGGUAAGGGAGGAGUUCAUGAGACGCUGUCUGGGGCCCCUACUGGCUAAUGCAGCACGGGCUGCAUAAGGAGAGAUUAGGAGACGCUUUGCCAGCCUUCUCGCUGAGAGGGCCCUUCUCCUACCCGCACUGUGCUAAGCAGCCCCACCCAGACACAACCACGGUAGGAUCCCAGGAGCAGCAGUGCCUGUGUGGUGGAGCUCCGCUCUCCUUGCACCCUGCUGCUCCUCUGGCUGACUGUCAGGCUCCUGAGGGCAGAGAGGUGUUGGCUCAGCCUCCUGUGGCAGUUUGGAGGGAAAGUUUUUUUAUAUUGCUUAAGAGGUUGAUUUCCCAGGAGCUUCCUCUCUGUGCAGCUGGCAGGGAUCCUCGCUUCGGCCCCAGGUGCAACGUGGCGGGGACGCUCUCCCUGACCCACAGGGUGGUGGGGAUGUUCCAUUUACAAAGGGCUCAGCCUGCCUCUGCACCCUUGUGAGAACCUCCCUCCUCCUGUACGGGCCCAACCCCUCCUCUGGCCCUCUGCAGCCUGCAGCCCUCGCCCUGCUCACUCCUCCUCUGGGAAACACACUUUCUCCAUUGCCCCACGAGUGAAGGAGAAGGGGGGGCCCUUCCCAUUGGCAUCACUUAUUUUUAUUAUUUAUGAGUGUAAAAAAUACUAUAAUCAAUAAAUUGGUCUAUAUCUUUG